UCACAGGCCAUAGCCUUUCCUUCGCUCAUCAACGCCGCCCUCACUCGUCAAGCUCCUCACGUUCGUUCUAUCCGGCCAAUUGGCUUUAGCAGAAAGCACACAAUGAGGCUGGAGGCCCUCUUACCGCGCCAAGGCGAUGGCUGCAAGCAAUGCGGCGCAACACCUUCUUGCAACUGCGGACCCGGCCAGCAAUGCUUUCUUAUCAACAGAGACUGCAAUACCUGCGCUACAGUUAGAUGUGUUUCUACUUCAGCCGACAAUGCUUCAUCCAAGUCUGGCGUCGGGAAGGGCGCUCUGGCUGGCGCCAUUAUUGGCGUUCUCAUUUUCCUUGCACUAGCCGUUUGUGCUUUCCUCUGGUACCGUCGUCGGGCUGCUCGUAGCCGCCCCACUUUCGACGUUAAACCAGACAUCCCAGCUAGUGCUGAGGAUGUACUCAAUCGCGCUGAUCCCAACGAAAAGCCUGCCGCCCCAUCCCAACCCGAACAUAACCAUGUGGUCCGGGUUUUCUCUUCAUCGAACUUGACUAUCGACCUCGACCCUCAAUCCCACAACUCACCUCUCCAUACCCCAUCCCGGCAGUCAACGCAGUCCAAUCCUUUCUCUGACAGUCACUCGAUCCAGACGGCGGGAACUGAAAGUACCAAUGUCAUUCCCAUCGCCUUGGUUUCGCCCGAGCACAGGUCUACUUCAGAUACUGUCCCAACCACCUCAACCGGCCCUACCCGGCCUGCCCGCUCUCCUGACCUCAACCUUGAGCAUGCGAAUGUCUCGUUGGACUCCGUUCGUCCGUCCAAUUUACUUUAUGCGCCGUCUCAGCGGUCCGGCGUAUCUGCUGUGUCAUCUCGGAACUCAUACAUGUCGGGAGCAAGCUUUGCAAGCGACUUCCUCAACGAGGCUCCGAUGAUUAUUACGCCAGUCAAGGGCAAUGUCCGAGUUGUCAAAGCAGAGGUCAUCAGCGCUGGUGCUCUGUCACCUGUAACAGCUGAAGGAUCCCGCGUCUCUCGACCGCCCGCCACAUCGCCCUUGGCGUCCAAAUCGUUUGGCCCAGGUGAUGUUGUAGAGGAUGACGAAUCAGUGGCCGAUCCCUUCCGGGACAGACCCUCGUCGCCAGCCUCUGUAACCACGUUUGGGCAUGAUUCCCGCGCUCAUGCAUCCAUCAAUUCUGACUGGGCCGCGGAGGAGCCUAGCCUUCCUUGGGCUCGCUCAGGCGAAAGCAGGCCAACGAGUCUCAGUACUCAAGCUGGGUCUAUUAUUGACAUCGGGAAUGCAACUCGAGUGAAUGUUGGCCUUCUGAACCCCUCCACUGGUGGUGUACCUCGAUCGCCCUACCGAACGACUAUGGCAAGAUUGGUGACACCUAAUACAGCCAAUAGUGACAGUCUCGAAGAACAACAACAACGAGCUCUUGAUCAUGCUCAGGCUCGAGCCAAAGCCCAAGGUGGCGCCCUCCCCAAUCGCCGCAUCUCCAACUCUUCUGUCAUGACGUCUGCUUCACGAGCUGAUUCUAUUCUGGAAUCAUUCCCCUUUGUACCACCCUCACCCAUCUCCGAUAGACCGAUGCGAUCUCCCCCCGUAUCACCCCUCGCUAAACAAACAUUUGCCGCACCUGACAAAACACGCAAAGAGGAGGAAUCUGCGUCUCCCCUGCCUGAGCCACCAAGCAGGCGAACACUGGGUAUGUCCACAGCUUCACAGUUUUCGACAGCGUCCUCUGGUCUGGGAUCCUUCCCCUUCCAGAUUGAUUCCGGCAGUCGUGACUCUCACCCGCCUGUACCAUUCAACGGACGACAACGAGCAAGUCUGGACACGUUGGCACUCACAGCUGACUUGUCUUCUUACCCGCUGGGAUUUGACCGCGACAGUGCUAUCCCACUCCCCUCCCGCAAGAUAUGA